AUGCUGUCAAAGAGGGCAAACUUGGUCAUGGCAGAGGGCCGGGUCCAGUCACUUCAUUACUCCAUAGGGCUCCUGGGCAUUGCUUCAGGAUCCCUCUUGCUAGCUGUGCACUCCUACAGCUUCACCAGCUCAGCCCCUCUGAUCCCCAGCACGGCUCUGGGAGUCCUUCUGUUUGUUAUAUCAGCUCUCUUGGCAUAUGCAGGAGUUCAGAAGAGCCUGAGAAGUGCCUCCUUGUUCGUGUCGCUGUGUCUCACCAUCUCAGUGCUGUGGUGCAGCUAUGGAGUCAUCCACAUCCUGGCAGGGCAAGGGGUCCUGAAUGGCACUGGUGAUUUCCGCAAUGCCGUGGUGCCCGGCCUGGCGACAUUUACUCUGGGGCUCCUCAUCAUUGGGGUGGUGGGCUUCCUUCAAAGAGAGCUCAUCCUUGCCAUGGUUGCUUCUUGCAUUUCGCUUGCCUGUGCCCAUGAAAUUGCCAUGCUUUAUAACACGGCUUUUGGUUCCUCGGCAGUGGCUUACAAUUAUAUGAUUGUCUGCUUCCUUGGGGGCUAUUUUGCUAUGGGGAGGGGUCUUUAUUUCCUCAGCAAGAAGAAAAUCACCCUUCCUGGCACAGAUCUGGGCAAGAGUAAGACCAAUGAGCAGGUCCAGGCCAAUGGUGCCAACACGAAUGACUUGGCAGUCAUUGGUCUGAUCUUGAACAUGCUGUCUGCCAGCGUCUUUGGCUGCAGGCUCCUGGGAGUGACCAGCAAGCUAUUUGUGGGCCAAGUACCUUGGCUUUGGGCAGCUGGGAUUUACCAGAUUGGGGUCUGCAUUUUCUCUUACCGUGCCCUGGAUACGUUGGCUGCCACAUUCUUUGGUUUCACCUCUGUGUUGAAAUUUGCUGGAGGCUAUUCCCUCCUGUACCGGAUCUGGCAGCAGGAUGAGCCGGUUUUCCCCAUCCCUUUCUUGGUGGUUUUUGCUAUCCUCUUUGCUGUCUUGGCCCUUUUCAUCACCAUUAAAAGCCUGGUGGAUGGCCUGUAUUUGCUCUUUUACGUGGCCUACUGCAUUGCCCUAGCCUGUCGCCCUCAUGGUUUUUUUGAAGGUGGUCCCCAAGGCGUGGACGUGGCCAUCUUUGUGGCCUCGGCCCUUAUGGCUCUCAUUUACCAGUACAACAUGAAGGCGAGUGCCAAAAUCCCUACAGGGGAGGGAACAGUCAAGGCCUUGCUCUCCCACAGCAGUCAUCUCAAACUUCAUGAAGGGAAAGACCUUCAUGCUCCCUACCUUGGCUAUUCCAAGUAUGCCGAUGCUGAGGUGCUUGGCUUUGCGUGCAGCGUCCUUGCUUCCUUUGCUAUCACGAUGACAGUGGACCCAAGGGCACCACUUGCUACUGUUGUUAUACCCUGGGUGGUGGUAGCCGGAGGGAUCCUUAAGCUUUUAUGUGGUUCAGUGGCCUUUGCCCGUGGUAAGACCUUGGAGAGCAGUGCCUUCAUUCUCUAUGGGGUCAUGUGGAUCAUCUGGGGCUUAACCAGAUAUGGUGAUCUCUAUGGCACUAGCAGGGGCUUCCAAGUAGCUGUAGGCAUCAUCGCCCUCAUGCUUUUCAACUGCUUCAUUGUCUUCUGCACUCUCUUCCUAAGCAUUUCCUGGUUCAUUUACUCCCUCACCUUCUUACUCAUACUCAUCAGCUUCUUGCUGGAUGCAGUCAAUGCCAUGCCAGCUGGCUAUGAUAUUGCUGUCACCAUCAUCUUUGGGCUGGCCAGCUUCUAUUGCUUCCUUUCUGCCCUUUUCAACAGUACCUUUGAAGGUUCCCAUUUCCCUGUGGGUAGGCCUAUUGUGACGCUCAGUGGUAUUGGGGGAGGAAGCACCAAAUGCCUUCACUUGCCUGCCAGGAAAGCUUCCUCAGUCAAGCAAAUUGCAGAGAUCAUGAAGAAUGGAGGAGCUUGUGGCAUCCCCACAGACACAGUGUAUGUUCUGGUGGCAGCCUGCAAUCGACCUGAUGCCGUAGAGAAAGCUUACAAGACUAAGCGCCAGGCUCAGGAUCGCCCCAUGUCACUCUGGAUUUCGAGUCUGAAGCAGCUGGAACCUACAAAGCAUUUGUUCAACCCCAUACUGUGGGAUUUCAUGGCAGCUGCCUGGCCAUCUCCCAUUAGCCUGGUGGUUCCCAGAGGGGAAUGGGUGGACUUCCUGGGGAUGAAAGACUCUGCCAAAUAUGUCGGUACCUCUCAGAGCAUCGCCAUCCGUAUCCCCGACUGCUCCAUCACCACACAUCUCAUUGAUCUGGUUGGCCCCAUUGCAGUCACAUCAGCCAAUCCAACUGGAGAAGCAGACACCACCCACCACAAUCAGGUGUAUGCCAAACUGGGAGACAAGGUGGAUGCGGUUCUAUGCGAUGGGCCUUCUCCAGAGAACAUUGCCUCCACUGUUGUGGACUGCACCAAGAUUGAGAGUGGAAACAUAGGGUUCUUCAGGGUCGGCAUUGUUCCCAAAUCCCAGGUGCUACAGAUACUGGAGCAGGUGCAGAGGAAACACAUGCAGGGCCAUACCAAUGGCAGUGUCGCCGUGGCGGGCCAGAAGCAGCAGCAGCACCUCUCCCAUGCCAUCUCCAAUGGGAUACAUGCUGCCAGACCAGAAGAGAGUGCAUUGACAUCAUUCACUAAUGGUGCAUUCAGCACUGAUGAGGAGGGAGGAAAGCUCUGA